AUGUCUCAUCGGUUGUCUUUACGUUAUGGAUACCAGAUAAUUACGAAAUUAUUGAAAAAUGUGGAGGUGAAUCUGAGUUCAUGGUUUAACAUGAAAGAAUGUAGGAAAAUAAUUCAGGUGUAUCCGAAUGAGAAACAACGAAAAAUAUUAUUGCGCUGGAUGAUGGGUUAUAACCAUUGGGUGGAUUUUGUUAAGAAAGGAGUAAAAUUAAUAAAAGGAAAAGAUACAUCUCAGAUAUUAAGAAAAAGGAUGUAUUAUAUUUUGGAUAAAACUCAUAACUUGGUUAACGAAUGUCAUAGAAAGUUAGCAAAAUACCUUUGCGACCACUAUGAUCGCGUUCAAGAGCCAAGGCAUGGUAGACCUGAUGCGACGGAAGAUCGAUGGAAAGACGGUCCAGAUGCAAAACUUACGUUUUUGAUACUCUUGCACUUUUUUGAUAUUCCUAUGGUGCAGACACCAAAGCACUGA